AUGCACACGUUCGAAAGGAUUACCUCUUGCAACUCCUGCCACAUGCUGCUGAGGGGAAUCUUCAACCAAGGUUACCAGUGCCAGAAGUGUGGUCUGGGUGCUCAUAAGGAAUGUCUGGGACGGUUUGGAUCCUGUGGAAAAACAGAUCCGGGCUCCAUCAGAACUCAGAGCAAGGACCGAGGCGCAGGUUUACCCAAAAUGCUGGUUGUGAGAAACUACUUUGGCGUCCCCAGUCCUGUUUCCGGUCCACCUCUGAACAUUCAAACUGGAGACAUCAUUGAACUAAUAUGUGCCGAUUUGCACAGUGCAUGGUGGCAGGGCAAAAUCUUGUCGACAAAAGAAGUGGGCUUUUUUCCAAGUGAUGCUGUGAAGCCCUGCCCUUGUGUGCCAAAGCCCAUAGAUUACUCCACUCAGCCCUGGUUUGCAGGCCCCAUGGAGCGCUUUCAAGCUGAGACAGAGCUCAUCAACAGGGUCAACAGCACAUACCUGGUUCGACAUCGCAGCAAAGAGUUCACAGAGUACGCCAUCAGUAUAAAGUACAACAACGACGUCAAGCACAUCAAGAUCCUGACCAAGGAGGGCUGCUUCCACAUUGCAGAAAACAAGAAAUUCGGGAGUAUAGUGGAGUUGAUUGAGUACUACAAACACCACUCACUCAGAGAAGGAUUUCGAAGCCUGGACACCACUUUGCAGUUUCCAUAUCGUGAACCAGAGAACAUGGCAAUUCAACGACUCAACCGAUCAGGCAGCAACAGUAAGUAG